AUGAGCGAAUCCCGCAGCUCAUACACUGUCCCUCGCCCCCGUCCCUCCGAGGACCCGUCCAGAACCACUAUCCUCUCCUCCCGCCCAAUCCUCAUGCCCUCCUCUCCGGUCCAAGCGGCCACGCGGCGUCCCUCCAUCCCCGUCUCCCCAUCAUGGACAGCAACCUCACCUCGAUCCGGUCCCGUUCCUGUGCCUCAGCGACACGGUAGCAUCUCUCAUCACUCGCAAGCGCGUCACUCGCCACACAACUCUCUUUCAUCCAUGGGCGACAGCUUCUACCCGCGGUCCAUCAGCCCUGGCCCGCUCUUACCUGCUUUAUCAAACAUGUCGACGUCGGCCUCCAACUCGGCGGCUGCUCCGGCCAAGCGUCAGCAAGGACAGGCGCAUCAGAAAGGGGCAUCCAGCACGUCGCUCGCCAGCCUUUUUGCGCCGUCAAGUGCGGGUGCGGGUACCGGUACCAGCCUCGGCCGUGAGGAGUCUGGACUGGGACGCACCAAGUCAGACAGGAGGAGGUCGGUCGUGCUUGAUGGGCUCAAGUCGGAUCUCCGCCGAAGCUCAACCAAGGAGAGUCUGCUCAAUCUCGCCGAGGACGAGGGGCAGUGGUUAGAUAUUACCUCCAAGGAGAUACUCGACGGGAUGGCCGGCAAAGCGGAUGUCGUCAAGGUCGUCAAGGAGGAUAUGGGUAUGGAGGAGGCGGUCGAGAUCAUGAUCCAGAGCAACUAUCAGUGCUUGCUGGUGCAGAAGCGAUCCGGCUUUGCCUUCUUUGACUACGCCGACCUCAACACGUUCCUUCUGCUGGUCCUGCAUGCCACUUCUGCAUCUCCGAAAUCAUCCCGCUCGCCAUCGCGCCACGUCUCGAUCAAGCGGGUCUCUGGUGACUACACCUCAUCCGAGAGCGCCAUAGUUGAUGAUGGACCUGAGCCCACCGCCGACUUUUUGGACGAGCGGUCCAAAGCUAUCGUUGCCAAGUUGAGGAAGUUUGAGAAGAUCCCCAUUGGAAGCGUGACAGACAUCUCCGGUAAAGACCCCUACCAUGCAUUCCCAUCUACCACUCCUCUCCGGACGCUCCUCCCGCUCUUCGCUUCCGGUCUUCACAAGAUCGCUUUAACAACAGCCGGCUCGUCGGACCCGCCUACCAUCGUCACCGACCUGGCGGUGAUUGAGCACCUCGUCGCUUUGCCUUCUGCAGACCAGCCCGCCAUAUUCAAGGCCGCCGUCACUUCGCCUUCUGCUGCUUUCCCGCUCCACCCGCUCAUCUCCCUCCCCGGAACCGCCUCCGUCCUCGACGCCAUGCAGGUCAUGUCCAUCAACGGACUGUCCGCCCUCGGAGUCCUCUCCGGUCCUGGUUCGCUCUCUGGGCGAUCCGACGCCCGCCGUAAAUCAUCCGGAUCGUCCGGCUCAUCUAGCGGCGCCCUCAUGUUCCGCUCAUCCAGCUCUAGCGGGCUCAGCGGGUCUCCUCUCGUCUCCCCAAGUGCGGAGAUGCUGGCUUCCCCGUUCGACACCCUGGGAAUGGGCGGGUUGACUAGCGUGGUGACUGCCAAAGAGUGCACCAGGGUGGUCGUUCCGAGCGAGGGCAAACAGGUGCUCGGGAUGGGAUUGGAGGAGAUGGUCAAAAAGAGUCAGUAUGUCGAGGAGGCGGGACAGGACAGGGGGGAGGAGCGGGUCCCAGUCCACACCAUCCCUUACAACUCUACUAUCCUCCACGCCGCCCACUUGAUCCUCGCAACAUCUUCAUCUCGCGUCUUCCUCCGUCCACCAUCGACAGAGACUACUCCAGCAGCGAGCAACCUCUCGCCACCGCUAUCCCCCUCGCCAUCACUCUCAACCUCCCAGUCGUCCCCACCUUCGUCCCCCUCGCUCUCCCUGCUCAGCCUCACUGACGCCCGCCCAUCCCCUUCAGGCGGCCUGACCACCCUCCCCGCGCCCCCUCCAACCCAACUAUCGACGCACUACGUCGUCUCUACCCUAGACAUCCUCUCGUGUCUCGCUAGAGCAUACCACGAUAAGCUGACCCCUCCAGCCGGGGUCCGCCGAAUCGACGCUUCCGCCGUAGACGAGGCUACCGGGGAUGGUACAGGCGACCGAAAGAAGCGAGAACGAGAUCGGCUCAGGGGAUCUAUCAUGAUUCCCGCUGGGGGAGAUUUGGGCGGAUGGGGCCUGGAUCCCGUGGCGCUCAGAAGGAGGAGGCAGAGUAGCUUUGUCUCGCCUGUGGUUGCGCCGGGUGAGGAGGGAGCGGAGGGUAAAGAGGGAGGAUUCGAGAGGUGGAGGUGGGCGAGUAGGGUGGAGAAGCUGUAG